GAAUUUUGUACAGAUAUAUCCUAGCAUCAGAUUGACUGCCCUUUUUGCCCAUCCGUUUUGCUAAACGUUUAAUCGUGGAGAAAUUUCGCGUAAAGGGAUUUUAUGCAAUUGUAGCGAAAACGGAGUUCUUAUAGUCUGAAUUUAGGAAACAUCAAAAUGAGGGACCAUGAUUUUGUUAAGAGGUUCAAGAAGGGCGGUACAUUUUGCAUUCUUGAUUGUAAUUUACUUCUUUGUCUAGAUUUUUAUCUUUUGUGAGUGUUUUUUUUUGUGCUCGUGGUAGUUAGUAUUUUCGUUUGUGUGGUUAAUUAGUUCGGCUUAACUUUAAUCCGAGUAAUAGUAUUACUCGGGGGGGCAUUUAGCAGAAGAAAGCUGGCGUAUUUGUGUAGUAUCCUGUAUAUCUGGCUGUUGGCAGAAAGAAGAUCUGCCUCCACCACCACCACCACCACCACCACAACAUAUGGUUCGAGGAGCAAUGGGUGGUAGUUGGACUACUACUUAUGAAAUCAAGUUAUCACGUUAUUUGCUUUUGAUUCUUGUUUUGAAAAUUCAGGGAUGCUUCACACUUAAUUCUGAAGGACUCACAUUGUUGGAAUUUCGAGGAAGAGUAACUUCUGAUCCAUUUCGAACUUUUUCAAAUUGGAAUCCUAGUGACAAGGAUCCGUGCACUUGGUCUGGUGUUCAUUGUGUAGAUGGCAAAGUACAGAUGCUGGAUCUAAAUGGACGUUCUUUAGAAGGUGUACUGGCACCAGAACUUGGAAACCUCACCCACUUAAGAUCUCUUGUACUCUGCGAGAACCAUUUUUCUGGAGUCAUCCCUAAGCAAUUUGGGUGGCUCGCAGCCCUGGAAGUGUUGGAUUUGAGGAACAAUAACUUGAGUGGGACUAUUCCUGCAGAAAUAGCAUGGCUGCAUUCCUUAAAACGACUGUUGCUUAGCAACAAUAAAUUUGUAGGAAGUAUUCCUUUGGCGGUUGGGAAGCUUGAUCAGCUCAAGGAAAUGCAGUUUGAUGUGAACCUUAUCCCUGCUGCAGUAGAAGUUGGUUGUUUCAGCAGAAAAGUUGGGCACUGUGAGUGGUCAAGCAAUCUCAAAUCCUUGAGAAAAGAAGAUUCCUUGCUGACACCAAUCAAAGAAACGUUAAAUCGCUACUUUGAUCUGUUCCCCAUGAAAGUGGACCAUCUUUUGUUAAGGUACAGAUUUGGGAAGGGCUCCUUCAGAAAUGAUGCCAGUGAUUCCUAUGACAAUCUACCAAGUGCAUCUGAGCUAGAUGUCAAACAAAAUCUGCUGAACAUGGCUGAUGUUAGACGGCGAAAGCUGGUUGAGCAGCCUAAUAAUAUUGCUGCGUACCCUUUUAAUAAUGGGAAUCCAGUUGGAAAUUUUAAUUCUUAUCCAAGCAGUACAAGUAGUGGGUCAUUCCCUGCUGUUCCAAGCAAGAACAGUUCCUCUUCCAUUCCUGCAGGUCCUUUGCAGCCUCCAUCACCUAACACAUCAAAUCCAACCUCUGCCUCUGUCAACCAACCUGCUGACAAACAGCCUCCUGCAGCGGGGAACUCUGAACACACAUGGAAGUAUAUAAUUGGAAUUUCAAGCGGUGGUUUCCUGCUCUUUUUUGCAGCAGCCAUUCUUGUUGUCAUCAGAGGUAGAACAGCAAAAAACAUUGGCCCUUGGAAGACUGGAUUAAGUGGACAGUUGCAGAAAGCAUUUGUUACAGGGGUCCCUAAGCUGAACAGUGCGGAACUAGAGACUGCAUGCGAGGAUUUCAGCAAUAUUGUUCAGGCACAUGAUACGGUGACUGUGUACAAGGGAACUUUAUCAAGCGGUGUAGAAAUUGCUGUUGCCUCAACUGUUGUUAAUUCACUGAACGAUUGGUCAAAGCGCGCAGAAAUUGCUUUCAGGAAGAAGAUCGAUUCAUUGUCCCGAGUGAACCACAAGAAUUUUAUGAAUCUUAUUGGGUACUGCGAGGAGGAUGAACCUUUUGUGAGAAUGAUGGUGUUUGAGUAUGCACCAAACGGAAGUUUAUCUGAGCACCUGCAUGUGAAAGAGCUUGAACAUCUGGACUGGAGUACAAGGAUGAGGAUUAUCAUUGGAACAGCUUACUGUCUCCAGCACAUGCAUGGUCUCAAUCCUCCACUUCCACAUGGCCAUUUGAACUCCAAAGCUAUAUUUCUGACGGAUGAUUAUGCUGCCAAGAUUGCAGACAUAGCCUUUUGGGAUGAAUUUGUUAAAAAAUCUGCAGAGCAUGAAGGACAGCAGUUGGAAUAUCCGCUACUUGAGGAUGAAGAAAGUGAUGUAUACAAUUUUGGAUUACUGUUGCUCGAAGUAAUCUCUGGGAAGCUUCCUUACUCAGAAGAACACGGGUCUCUCUUAAAUUGGGCUGCGGAAUACCUGAAUGACAAGAGAAGCAUCAGCUAUCUGAUUGAUCCAACGCUGAAGUCAUUCAAGAAUAACGAGCUUGACAUCAUCUGUGAGGUUAUUGCAGAAUGUAUUCAAGAAAAUUCAAGAAAGAGACCAACCAUGAAGGAAGUAGCUACGAAAUUGAGAGAUGCCCUUGACAUAUCACCUGAUUCAGCAACCCCACGGCUUUCUCCGCUUUGGUGGGCUGAACUUGAGAUUUUAUCUUCUGAGGCAGCUUAAAUAUUCAGCUCAGGGUCUACAUGGUGCCUCAAGUUUGCAUAUUAGUCUUAUCGUGCCUUCAACAAAAUCGAAAAUUCCAAUAUACAUCAUUUUUUUUUUCCAGUUUCUUUGGUAUGCCAUUUUUUUAUUCUUAUUCUUCAAUUGUUUACUUCAAGCGGGACAAAACUUCGUCCCACGCACCUAAGUUAUGUAUAUAGAGAUUAUGAACUGGCAUGUAAGAGUUGUUUAACCUGCUGUUGAGUCAGAAAGAGAUUUUUUAUA